AUGGCGAGUUCAGGUCACAUGUGGCCAAAUAGUCAAGAUGACUAUGAGCUAUUAGAAGUUAUCGGUGUAGGCGCAACAGCUGUAGUACAUGCCGCUUUCUGCCGUCCACGGGGAGAAAAAUGCGCUAUAAAGCGAAUCAAUCUAGAAAAAUGGAAUACCUCUAUGGAUGAACUCCUUAAAGAAAUCCAAGCCAUGUCUAGUUGUAACCAUGAGAAUGUCGUAACGUACUACACUAGUUUCGUUGUUAAAGAAGAACUCUGGCUCGUAUUGAGACUUUUAGAGGGUGGCAGUCUAUUAGAUAUAAUUAAACAUAAAAUGAGGAUCUCCAAUUGUAAACACGGCGUCUUCGAUGAGGCAACAAUAGCUACUGUUCUGAAGGAGGUGCUGAAGGGCCUCGAAUAUUUCCACCAGAAUGGACAAAUUCACAGGGAUAUUAAAGCUGGUAACAUUCUUCUUGGAGAUGAUGGUAUCGUUCAGAUCGCGGAUUUUGGCGUUUCAGCGUGGCUGGCGACGGGGAGAGAUCUGUCAAGGCAAAAGGUGCGACACACAUUCGUCGGCACUCCCUGUUGGAUGGCACCCGAGGUUAUGGAGCAGAACCACGGCUAUGACUUCAAGGCGGACAUUUGGUCUUUCGGUAUCACAGCGAUAGAGAUGGCGACAGGCACUGCGCCCUACCACAAGUAUCCCCCUAUGAAGGUUCUGAUGUUGACCCUACAGAACGAUCCGCCGACACUCGACACCGGCGCCGAAGAUAAAGAUCAAUACAAGGCCUACGGUAAAACUUUCAGAAAAAUGAUAUCGGAAUGCCUCCAAAAGGACCCCACAAAGAGGCCCUCGGCGACGGAGCUGCUCAAACAUUCUUUCUUCAAAAAAGCGAAAGACCGGAAGUAUCUCGUGCAGACGCUCGUAUCGAUCGGGCCCAGCAUGGAGACGCGCGUGCACAAGGCGAGCAAGCGGCAGCCCGGCACGUCCGGCCGCCUGCACCGCAUGGAGACCGGCGAGUGGGUGUGGGAGAGCGACGAGGAGGACGACGACGACGACGGCGAGGCGGGCCGCGACCGCCCCAUGAACCACCUGCUGCGCGCCGACUCCUCCGACAGCGACAGCGACGCCGAGCCGCGCGCCGGCUUCAGCAUCGGCUCCGUCGAGCCCGAGGACGCGCCGCAGAUCAACCUCGUGCUGCGCAUGCGCAACGCCCGCAAGGAGCUCAACGACAUCCGCUUCGAGUUCGCGCCGGGCAAGGACUCGGCGGACGGCAUCGCCACGGAGCUGGUGGGCGCGGGGCUGGUGGCGGCGGCGGACGCGGGCGCCAUCGCGGCGCAGCUGCAGCGCCUCGUGGACGCGCACCUGUUCCCGGGGGACGCGCCCGCGCCGCGCUCGCUCACCUUCCGCCUGGAGUCCGCCGACCCCGCCGAGCCGGCCGACGAGAAGGGGCUCAUCGGCUACGCGCAGAUAUCGAUCGUCGACUGAUCGCCCCCCGCCCCCGCGCCUCUACCUCGCCUCUCUCGUCCGCCCGGAUCGUCAUAUGGACAAUAAUAUUGGUAGUCUACGUGAGCCGUAUUUCCUAUUUGUAAUAUUGUGUAAUCGAAUUUAGAGUAAGUGUAUCGACCCGCGCUCGUCGACUUUAUAAUUUGCAGACCAAAAAUCUGCAUCCUGGGAGCGAAAUUAAGUCGUUUAAUGCACCUUGCGCCUUAACGUAUGGCUUACGAUAAAACGGCUGCCCGUUAAAUUUAAUUGUGUUGGUUAUACGAACUCGUAUAAUUAUAGUGCAAUUACGCGCUCUUACGUUAUAAUUCGUAGUUUCGUAAUGUGUAAACGCUAUACUAUCUUAUAAUGCUGCGUCCUCAUUACAGACAUAUUUUAUGGGUGAAUAAGGAAUUCAUUAUUAAUAUUGUUUAUAGCUCAAGCUGAUAAAAAAUAUAUGUAAGAAUGAAUCUGAAUAUAUAAGUUUUAUAUUAUUACGUGUUUAUUUCGCUAUUCUAUAAUUGAAACACUGUAAUAGAUUUAACUUUUAAUUUAUGACGCUCAAAUAUUUUUUAUUGGAAUGUAUAUCUUAGUUAAGGAAAUCGCUUCACUUCGCAAAAAUGUAAUUUAUGACACAAUAUACUACAUACAACCCUGUGUUGUUACAAUCGCAAGUUAAACGGAAUUUUGAGUCUGUUGCUCGUUUGUACUACCUUAGUUCCUCUAAGUAGUGCCAUAUUUAGUCUUUCUAAAUAUGUAUGUGAUAAAUAUUGAACCUAGCGAACCUAGGGAUAUUUCAAUACCAUUACCAAGCACAACUGACAUCAUUACAGUGUAAAAGUAAGUCGAUGUAUACACCAUGAAAUGUUUUAAGUUGUUAUUUGUUUGUUGCUUAUUUUGGAAUUAUUUUUUAAAUAAUAAAAUGUAAAUGACAUUGA